CAAGACGUUAGACGGCUACCAGAAGAAGAAGUAUGUCUGUAAGUUGCUCUUCAUCUUCCUGCUCGGCCACGACAUCGACUUUGGCCACAUGGAAGCCGUCAACCUGCUGACGUCGAACAAGUACUCCGAGAAACAGAUUGGCUACCUGUUCAUCUCGGUGCUGAUUGGCACGGGCAGCGACCUCUUCAACCUCAUCAUUCAGAACAUCAAGAACGACCUGCAGAGCCGCAACCCCAUCUUCGUCUGCCUCGCGCUGCAGUGCAUCUCCAACGUCGGCUCGAUCGAGAUGGCCGAGGCGUUCGCCGCCGACAUUCCCAAGCUGCUCGUGUCGCCAAUGAAACGCCACAUUCGUGUGCAGGGGACAGACGAUCGCUGUCGUACCAGAGUGCGCCUCUGUCUGCUGCCGCUUGUUCCGCACUCCCCCGAAUGCAUUCCGCCAGGCGCGAGUACACGUCUCGCACGAAUCCAUCUAGUCAACGAUCAGCACAUGGGAGUCGUCACAGCUGCUACAAGUCUCAUCGAAGCUCUUGUGAAGAGGAAUCCAGAGGAGUACACGGGCUGCGUGUCCCUCGCCGUGUCCAGGCUGAGCCGGAUUGUGACAUCUUCCUACACAGACCUGCAAGACUACACUUACUACUUUGUGCCUGCGCCAUGGCUGUCAGUGAAACUCCUACGACUCCUGCAGAACUACCCACCACCUGAGGACCCAGCCGUGCGAACGCGACUCACUGAGUGUCUUGAGACUAUACUCAACAAGGCGCAGGAGCCGCCCAAGUCGAAGAAGGUUCAGCACUCGAAUGCGAAGAACGCUGUCCUGUUUGAAGCCAUCAGCGUCAUUAUACAGCAGGACAGUGAGCCUAAUCUGCUGGUAAGAGCUUGCAAUCAGCUAGGACAGUUCCUGCAGCACAGGGAGACCAACCUUCGCUAUCUGGCGCUGGAGACGAUGUGUCUGCUCGCGACGUCGGAGUUCUCGCACGAGGCCGUCAAGAAGCACCAGGAGACGGUGAUCAACGCGCUGAAGACGGAGCGCGACGUCAGCGUGCGCCAGCGCGCCGUCGACCUGCUGUACGCGAUGUGCGACAAGACGAACGCGGAGGAGAAGCGCAAUACUGGCUACCUUGUUGUGUUCACACGUUCCUGUAUGUGGCAGGUGCUGAAAGUUGCCAUCUUGGCCGAGAAGUAUGCUGUUGAUUACAACUGGUAUGUCGACACCAUUCUCAACCUGAUCCGCAUUGCUGGCGACUACGUCAGCGAAGAGGUGUGGUACAGAGUGAUUCAGAUUGUCAUCAAUAGAGAGGACGUGCAAGGCUAUGCAGCAAAGACUGUCUUUGAGGCUCUGCAGGCACCGGCCUGCCACGAGAACAUGGUCAAGGUCGGCGGAUACAUACUCGGCGAGUUCGGAAAUCUCAUAGCUGGAGACCAGAGGUCAAGCCCGCUCGUACAGUUUGAGCUGCUGCAUUCCAAGUAUCCGCUGUGUACCGUCAGCACACGCUCGCUGCUGCUCUCAACUUAUGUCAAGUUCAUCAAUCUAUUCCCGGAAAUCAGACCGACGAUCCAGGAGGUGUUCAUGGCAGACAGCAACCUGAGGAGUGCAGAUGCUGAGGUGCAGCAGAGAGCCGUGGAGUACCUACAGAUGAGCAAGGUCGCAUCGGCCGACGUACUGGUGAGUGGUGGCGAUCGAGUGAAAGAAUCCGAGCGACAGAGUGAACGAAUAAGUGAAGUAGAAUGA